GUUCAUCAGUCGUUACCUGGCGGUCGCACUGGUAGGACGCGUGCAUCUCUUCAUUUCUCCGGAGCUUCUCAACGAAUCAACGAAGCUAGUUUCUCCUUGAUCUUCGCAGCGGGAAUCACCUUUUUUUUUGUUUCAUUGCGUUGCGUGUCUACCUGUAAAGUUUGAUCACCUGUUUUUGACCUGACUCGUUCAGUAGUUGUAUUCCUGUUUGCACUUCUGUGCUUAGACAAGAGCCUAGAUCGGCUCUCCGUUCGUUGGCUUUGUCCCUGUUCUGUGCUGGAGGUGUUCGAAUCUCGAGGUGCAUUACACUCCUACAACUUUGCAUUCCUACAAGCCAGGAUCUUUCGGUGUCGAUGAAGUUCAAAUCCAGGGCAGUUAUUACUGGUGUAGCCAAGUGGAACAUGCGCUAUUAACCAGACUUGGCUAAUUGUGGUAACAGAUUUAUGACCUCCAACAAUUAUCGCUGCUUGCAUCACCAUCAUCUUCAUCACAUCGAUCGUGUUUCGAACAGGAAGAUCUCGUCUUCAGGUUACAUAAGAAACCGCCUUCAGCCAACAGAAGUUAUAAAAAACUGCCAAUCAGAAAACAGUGUUUGUGCGAUUUUAUGUUUUAUUGAUUCGAGUGUUCGGGUUAGAAAACUCCAGGAAAAAUAAGCGCGCUAUCUGGCAAAUUAACUCCCAAAAAUCGCGGCCCGUGUUUCGAAGCCAAAUCAUAAAAAAGUGAACGAAACCCGGAGAAACCUCAUCAGGAGAAAUUGCUGAUGCUGAAAGUAUUUUCGAUUGUUCGUUGCUAAUUAAAGUGCUAAAAUUGCUGUUUUCGAAUUUUGACCAUUUUCAACCAGUUUCUGACGGAAUAGAGUGGAGUAGAGCGUGUGCUGUGAGGGGUGAGCAAUUUUUCGAACGAUCAACUCCUGGGCCGGUCUUGUCAAGUUCUUUAACAUCUCUAGCUAUAGCUGCUUAGCCCUCCAGAAGUAAAGCAACUUAUAAGAAGGAAAAAAAAGUUGCGGUAUUUGUUUGCAGAUAUUUCCCGACGAGAGUCAAACGCCAGAAGCUGCUGCAAGAUGGAACACCGGUGGAUCUAUCAGGCGGUACAGAUAUUGACACUGUUACUCACCUGCAUACACCUGAGUCGGGCGGCUCAAUCUCUGUGGCCACAUUUAUCAGCAGACAAAUGUUCCGGUAGUGGGACUUUCAAGUACAUCUCCGGCAAUGCUCUAACGGACAGCCCCAAUUGUGUAGGACCAAAUAAUGCUCCCUAUCCGUCCGGGCUGGUGGCGCGAACAUUCUCCAACAACUGGAAUCCCAGCGGGUCGUCCCGGAGAGGCCGAAUGAGUCAGCUGCCGACGGUGGACCCCAAGAUCAUGCAACGCACCCUGCUGCAGGUCUACGGCGACGCCAACGAAGUGACACAGCUGGAAGAUGUUCGCUCAAGAUACAGUCGCUCUCUGGACAGCAUGCAGCAGUGCCGCGAUACGCCCGCCCGGUUGUGCAAAACGCGCUAUAACACUACCGCCCCCAUGUAUGGCGUGAGUCUCACUUCCGGCCAGCCCGUAACGAUCGUGCAGAAAUUCCCCGACCUCCUGCAGCAAGUCGUCUUUGAAGUUUGCGAAUCUUCCGAGUGUGAUGUCGUGCGAGGUGAAUGUACCCAAACCUAUGUUCCGUACCUUUUCUUAGUGAUCCCGCUGGGACCCGUGACGCUAACUGGACAGGACUAUGUGCUGGUGGAAAGUGGCUGCGUGUGCAAACCGAAAUAUGCGACCGAAAAACCCCGUGAAUCCGGUGGAAAUUUUAUACCCUAGACGGUUUAUCGACUAUCGCAAAAUUCGAAAUUAUCAACUUGUUUUAUUGAGAGUCCAUCGAAUAAGAAACAAACCUUAUCAGUAGAAAAGGGAUAUUGAUAAACUAUAUUGUCUCAUUAUAGCGGUUCUAUUGAACGGCUGCAAUUUGUUGAACGAGUGUUACUUCCGUUAGUGGAGAUGAUUACAGUUAAGUGACUACGGUUCGAUCUUACGCACGAUCUUGAGCCAAUAGCAAAUAAAUAGAAAAUUUAAAACAAAAAAAAAACUAACUAUAACGCGCUCUAGGCCAGCAUUAAGAUUAUUUAAAUACUAGGGUCCAGUUUCCUGCGAAGAAAAUCCUGUUAUUCUGUCCUUUGUAAAUAUGUUUCCUUUUUCUCAUUUCAUUUGACCGAUGAAAAUCGAUCAUUUUUUUUGCAUUUGAAUGAACUUCUAUUAAAAUACAUAACCAUUACUAGACUUCAAUAGAGAAUGAUCGUGAUUAAGUGAGCAAAACUUGGCUAUCUAUUUUGCAUUUUGUAAAGUGCAAGAAGGAAAACUAUUGAAUAAAUUAUUUAUUUUAAUAAUAAGAGA